AAGAGUGAUAAUAAACUGAUUAUCUGGGUAUGGCACCUUUGCCGGCAUUUGAGGCAGUGAACUCCGCCCACUGGGUAUUUAAACCCACAAUGUCAUCAGGCGCUCAGCUUCAGACUGGAGAACUUGAUCUUGACCAACACGUUUGGAUCCGUGGGAAAAUACUUCAAACUAAACCCAGAUUCUAACUCAGAACUGCCGAAAAGGUCUCUUAUCUGCAGUCUCCACCAGUAGCCACUCCAGUGCCCGGCUUCACUAUCAGAAUCCAGAACAAAACUUUUGGGAAACUUUUUUUUUUUUUUUUUUAAUACACUCAAUCUUGGGAUUUGAGCCUCGCCCAGGUGGCUCGGUAGCCCCCUCCUUCCCGAGAGGGUGUCAAAGUUUGCCCGGAGAUGCGCUCCCUUCUCCCGCUUGCUGUGUAUUGCAUCAGCCUGCUCUCCCUGCAGCAGCUGCUGGCUCUGCCGGUGGAGGAGCGACCCGACAGGAGCAGGUCAGAUGUCAAGAAGCUGAACGGCCAGACAGGAACCGCAGGAAGCCAGCCUGACGACGCCGUCCCCUCUUCAGCCCCGAGCCCAUCCCCAAAAUGGCUGCCUGGUUUCCUCCGACACACACCGACCACGGGGGCGCGAGCGGCCCCGCCCAGCCUGGCGUGGGCCCGACCUGCUGAGGAUUCGCAGAUGCAGCAGAGGGCGCCGAGAGGUCGCCGCCACGCCCACUCGGGGUCACGGGGAGGUCACCACCACUCGCACCACGCCCAGCUGAUGAGGGUGGGCUGCGUCCUGGGAACCUGCCAAGUGCAGAACCUCAGCCACCGGCUCUACCAGCUGAUUGGGCAGAGCGGGAGAGAAGACUCCUCCCCCAUCAAUCCCAGAAGCCCCCAUAGUUACGGAUGAGCUUUGCUCGGAUUGGCUCCUCUGAACACCAGCAGCAAGUCCAUCUAUAUCUCCAGAUAUUUAUCUCUUAACGUAUUACUGAUAGUCUUUGCAUUAGAGUGUGAUGUAGUCCGUAACUUUUAUCUAUCUUGAAAUGACAAUUAUACUCUUCUCAAAUGACUAUUGUGCCUCUCUACUCUUUGCGCUGAAGAAAAGUUUGUCUGAGGUAAAGGAUUCAAAUUCAGUGACCAACGACCAGCUGGAUCCUCUCUGAAACCCCCCAAGUUGAUCUUCUCCCACCACCCUGGGAACGUCGGCCGUUUAGAGGACGCUCGAGUCUCGUCAAAGUCUUUUCGCUUCUCCCUCCCGACCACUCAAGAAGCUAAGAGGGCCCAGUUUGACGUCUUAAUCCUGUUAAUGUAAGAAUGAAGGCUUGUCUGCCCGACGCUCUCUUCAACACCAUCAAGUGGCCCGGUCCUGUCUGUGUAAUGCCAGCUGACCUCCCCAGCGGUGGUUAGCCCUUGGCUCAUUGAUCAAACACUUAAGCCCCUAAUGUGGAUUUCAAGCUGAACUCUGAGCAUGAGCUCUGUCGAAACCAAUGUAUUCCCCAAGGCUGUUUCAAAUGACCCAAUGAACUCUUUUACCUCCUUUUUUUGUCCCUCCCUCCUAUUCCCAUCCUCCAAACUCGCUGAAAGUCCCGCUCACAACUGCAAGGAGAAGUUCAGGGGGCAUAUUCAGCAUGUGGCAUGGACUGCGACUUUUAGGCCAUUAGAUGAUGUCAGCUCUUCCUUGGUGGUCAAAGAAGCUCUUUCAUCAGGACUUCUACAUUUCACCAGCUACAAACAGCGUUCUGCAUCAGGACUCACAACAUAUGAACUGGACUUUGAGAAAGAAAGAAAGAAGAGAGUCAGCAUUUCAUGACUUGGAAGGAGUCCACGCCGAGACUGAGGUCCCGAGGAUCAGUUUCAGUGUUGCAUUGUAGCGGCUCGCUGCCCGGCACAACAGGUGGCAAAGUGAACCGCGGAGCCAUGGAUCAGCGCACCGCCGCAGUGCUGCUGCUGGCAUUCCCCCCCCCCCCCGAGGCCAAGUCUGAAAUAUUAGCCCUUUCACGUGAUUCAUAAGUUCCCCCUGCAAGUCAGGACUUUUGGCUGACAGCAGUUUAUUAAACCUGACCUAAUCACUUCAGUCAUAUGUGCUGCCAUGGCAGGGCCUCGGCCCCCCUGUGGCCUGCAUACUCAAAACAAAUACAUAAAUAUACUGACCACGGGACAGCCAUACGAAGGCCUGCACACACACACACACACAUGUAGGGUUAAAGUUUGCAGAUGUGAGGUGAUUCAGAGCUGAUUGUGCCUCCUAGCCGCAGAAAACCCUCUUACAUUUCACAUUUAUGGAAAAGAUAUAAAUCACAUUGAGCUGGGUACUUAAUAUCGAAGGGACCAGUCAGAAUCCAAAUGGAGAUUUUUUUCCAGACUCCAUUUAUUACAGGACAUUUAAAUGCAAAUUAAUGCAUUUAUGUGAUUUUUAUUUUUUUGUUUUUGUUCCUGUGACCACCAGGGGUUUAACUGAAGGCUGAGGGAUGUUUUGCUCCACCAUUUGCUUUCAUUUCCAAACACAAAAAGCCUUUUCCCUGCCUUGCCCAGUUGGAGCCGGUGUAAUAAGGCUCUCAGGAGUUUGCAAAUCCCAAGUCCAAUCCUCUAAGAAUACACACUUGCCUUUGCAUGCGCCGGGUGACAGUGAUUUUCAUUUUCAAAAGUGAUUAAAACAACUAAACAGGCUAAGAAUCGGCUGUCGCUCACAUUCCCUGAAAGCCAUACAUGACAACACCUUGUAUGCACCAGUAUUGUUGGCAACCGAGUGUUUGAGUGUGUUAAACGGGUUUAAACGGAGCCCUUAGACCAUGGCAAAGAGCUCUCCUGCUCUCCUGUUACAUUGUGGGUUUCUUAAUGAGAGACUAGGGUGACCAAAAUUUUAGGUGUAAGAGUGCCCAAUUUCAGAUCUGUAAGCAAAACACCCCGGCACUGUCAAAAAUACAUGCCCUGAGAUUUCAUUUUCUCUAUUUAUGUCUAUGUCUGAAAUGGUGGGUGGAUGAUUGGCCCUAAGAAACACCAAAGUUCAGCUCCUAAAAUUUGACCGGCCUUUAAACUUUAAGAAAAUGCAGCCACUCUGUAAAAUCCACAUUCUCAUCGAGGACCAGCAUUUUAUUUUGUAUUUACAUAAUUAAAAACGUUUAUGCCGAGCCUUUACCAUAUACAAACUAUAUUUUGCGGGCAGUGGUUAACUGGUAGUAGGAACACGGGCCAAAAUAUCGGCCUUCUGCCAGAAUUUUGCUCAUCUAAAUGUUGUUAAUUGAAUGAUUUUUUAAUCACAGGAAUAUCAGUCUUUAGUUUUCACUGCUCUUUUAUUUUGCGGAUAAUUUUAACAGUCAGUAAAGGUUGGUAUUGCUCAAAGAGCAGUGGUUUAGACUCACCAAAAUACCUGGCAAUACUUGACAAAAUAAUAGUAUGUGAUCUACAUCAUGUGAUAAUGUGCUCUUCUAUAUUUUAAUCUCUGUGUCUUCUGGGUUUUUUUUUUUUAAUGCCUCUUUUGACUUUGUGUUCUUCAUAAACAGUUGGGUUUUAUUUUUAUAUUUCAGUUUCAUUUCUCUCGCCCCCUCUCUGCCUCUCUCUGUCUGUCUGUAGUCAUGGAGGCCGCGAGGUCGGAGAUUAAUAAUCGGUGGUUGCUUAGUCUUAAGUCUAAUCUGUUCAAAGGCUUGCUGAAGUGAAACAUGCCAUUCUCUCUGCUGUAAUGGAGCUAAUCAAUGUCUCGUGACGGAUCAUUAAAAGGCUUUUCAAAUGCUUGAAACCAUGGUGGAUCUCUGUACUUUUUAAGGUACUACUAUUGCAGUGCAUGCACAUGCCUCUGUGUUUGACCUGCCAUAUCAGAAAACUUAUCUCCUGUGUUUGAUCUUCCCAGUUUCUUUGUUUUUGUGACGCAUUUGUCACGUCAGAGGAGGUUCCUAAACGUUACUGCAGCAGCGGAGUAUUUUCUUUGUCGACCGCUCGUAUUUCCCCAGUCAUGUUACAGCAGCCCCCAAUGCAGAUCUGAUACUGUCACCACUUGUUAUUGCAAAGACACACAGGACUGGAUGGUGUGUGUGUGUUCGGUUUGCGUGUGGAAAUGUCCGUGUGUUAGCGGCGUUAACAAGAUCCUGGUUGAUUCUGCUGGCCCCCGCUAAAUCAAUUUUUGCUCGUUUUCCCACUUGAAAGCCAGAUGCCUUUUUUUUUUUUUUUUUUUUUUUUUUGGUUUAGGGUCACAGGAAAGCACUUUAAUGCAAACAUGUGUGUUGUUAGUUUCUCACAACUUGAAUUUCAGUCAUUGUAAUGAACUUGUGAAAGACGGAUGAGAUUUUCUGUUGUAUAUAUUUGCAUUUUUGAUGAGGUUCUCUCUGCGAAUGUGUUUGAAGAUGUGUCAGUGCACUCCAUGUGGGGUCAGGAUGAUUGUGAAUGCCAUGUGCACCUGUGAAUAUAUAUAUUCAGCCAAACUAUUUAAAGAAAGUUAUGUAUUUAAGUUAUCUUUGUAUGUCAAUAUCUGUAUGUCACCAAAGACUCGGCAGUUUAUCGUAUAUUUUCCAUUGCUCCUGAGAAAAUGAAUUACUGGUAGGAAAGAAAAGAAGAAGAAGUCUUAACUGUAGUUAAAAUGUUACUGUUUGACAAUGUCCUUCACUCUGUACAAUAAUAAAAAAAACAACAAAAUGACA